UAUAGAAUGUUGGAGCUAUUUUCUAUCUUUACCAAGGGUGGUAUUGUGCUAUUCUGUUUCCAAGGGGCCUGUACCCAGCUCAUAUCCUCAACUCAUGCAGUUAAUGAGUCCAUCAAAAACAUCCUUAUACAGGGCAGCCCCAGCAACCAACAUAACCACAAGAACCUAACAAUCCAGCUGAAACUGGAUAACGAGUUUGAACUUGUGUUUGCCGUUGUUGUUCAGAAGAUGCUCCAACUCUCUUAUCUUGACAAACUGAUCGACUCUAUCCAUCUGGAGUUCAGAGAUAAGUAUAAGAACGAGCUGAGAGACGGCACCCUGUGGCUCAACGGCUGUAACUUCGACUCUGAUUUCAGUGGGAUCCUAAGCAAGAUAGAGGGGGAACAUAGAGUAGAGAAGUCAGCUCCACGUGCUAUGAAGCAGUUCACUCAGUCAAAGAAGUUCGAAAAGACAGCAACUGCCAACAAAGCCAUGUUUGAACAGGUAUGCAGAAUUUAA